UUAAUCGAGAUUUUCCCGCCACCACUGUGUCGCCCAAAAGCGUGGCGUCCAACAUUCGCGCCCUCUUUCCCGCCAAUCUUUCCGCUUCUUUCUCUUCCAACUCAGGUGAUGAGGAGUCGUUGGGACCCGAGGAAUGGACGACCCGCGGAGAGGGACACCCCCGGACGACACUAGUGCUCUGAGGCGGACCGGCCAACCCACCAUGCACCGAUAACCACAAGUCCGCGAGCCACCAUUCACCAUGGAGUCACCCACGAACCCGCUGCGAAUAGCAUGGGCCUACGUCUCCAAGCUCAACAUCCCCGCCUUCAACUUGACCGUCGGCGAGGUGACGGAGAUACUAUGGGAGAAGUCCCAGGAGCCCAAAUCCCAGCGCAAGCUCAUCUUGGUGAUAGUGUCGAUAGCCCUUCUUCUGGACAACAUGUUGUACAUGGUAAUAGUGCCUAUCAUCCCGGACUACCUGCGCUACAUCGGGGCCUGGGGGACGGCGGACUGGGUCAACGGGACACCCCCUACCUACGAGCCCCAUAAACCCUUGCACCGGAGCCACGAGGGCCAGGACUCGGCGACGGGUAUCCUUUUCGCGUCCAAGGCCAUCGUCCAGCUCAUGAUCAACCCCUUUUCAGGCGCGCUUAUCGAUCGGAUUGGCUACGAUCUGCCCAUGAUGAUCGGUCUCUGCAUAAUGUUCCUAUCGACAGCCGUCUUUGCGUGCGGUCGGAGCUAUGGCGUUCUCUUCUUCGCCCGGAGUUUACAAGGCGUCGGCUCUGCCUUCGCCGAUACUUCCGGGUUAGCCAUGAUCGCCGAUCGCUUCACCGAAGAGAACGAGCGAUCCCAGGCUCUGGGUAUCGCCCUAGCGUUCAUCAGCUUCGGAAGCUUAGUGGCGCCACCUUUCGGCGGAGCUCUCUACCAAUUCGCCGGGAAGGAGAUCCCGUUCCUCAUCUUGGCUUUCGUCUGCCUCGCCGAUGGGAUCAUGCUCCUCUUGGUCAUGAAACCGCUCAAGGAGCAGCUCAAAGAGCACGACAAGUCGGAGCAGUCGCCGACGAUCCCCAUCUGGCGGCUCUUCAUCGACCCGUACAUCGCCGUCUGCGCGGGGGCCUUGAUGAUGUCCAACGUGGCCCUCGCGUUCCUCGAGCCGACCAUCUCUCUGUGGAUGGAGGACAACCUAACGUCCGACAAGUGGAAGAUCGGCAUGAUAUGGCUGCCGGCGUUCUUCCCUCACGUCUUCGGCGUUAUCCUAACCGUCAAGAUGGCAAAGAAAUACCCCAGCUACCAAUGGCUCAUGGUGGCCUUCGGCUUAGUUCUAGAGGGUCUUUGCUGCCUUAUGAUACCGUUUUCUACUUCUUACAUAUUCCUAAUGGUGCCCAUUUGUGGGAUUUGUUUUGGUAUAGCUUUGGUAGACACCGCGCUCCUUCCCACUCUAGGUUAUCUCGUCGACGUCCGGUACGUGUCUGUCUACGGUAGUAUCUACGCAAUCGCGGAUAUAUCUUACUGUUUAGCGUACGCCACCGGCCCUAUCAUAGCCGGGAACAUAGUCGAAGCAAUCGGUUUCACCGCACUAAACUUCCUUAUAGCUAUUUCCAAUGUUGCUUACGCACCUGUGCUCAUGUAUCUUAGGAACAUUUACGACUUCAAGCCAUUCGAGAACGAGGCGAAUAUUUUAAUGUCUGAUCCUCCCGAUAAACAGUAUCAGACGUACACGAUGCACGAUCAGAGACCUGUGACGGAGGAUUACAAAAACCACCUCCAACACACCAGUAACUACAAUUACGAGGAACAGGAGACAAGUCUCGACACUAACACGACUGUCUCGUACAACCAGUAUAACCAAAGGGUUCCUGACGGUAACAGCUACAACAGGCAACCGGCCUCUUAUCAAAGCAACCAGGCGCAUGCUGAAGUGUAUCAGACGCAAACAGAGCCUAUUGGUAGACCCUCCGCCACAAAUCCCUUCCGAGCUGAGACCGAAAGUCAAGCUCCGAGUAGUAACCCGUUCAGACAAUAUUAGAUCCCUGAUGGACUCCAUUUAGUGAACAGGAACUACAAUUUCUGGCUCAUCCGUAAAAACACGCAUGUACGUAGGAAAAUAAUAGUGCAUACGUUGUUUCUAAACUGAGCCAUAAAUUGUAGUUCCGAAUAGCAAAAUGUAGUUCAAGUCAAUAAAAAUCUUGUGAAUCGUCCUUAGGUGCAAUUCUAUGGUAACGUUGUUGAUCAAACGUUCGCGUGAUCUGAACGAAUAAGUAAACUGAACUUGAUUUUGGCGAGUACUAACUCUUCUUACAUAGAGUCUGUUCCUCUAUUUUCGUUCUAUAUUGUAUUAUUGUUUUAAUAGUGUUUUUUUCUCAUUUUGUUGAUCUUCACUCCGUUGAAUUGUGAUAAGUAUCGACUAAAAGUCCACCAGUAUGCGGAUAUUUUGUUGAUGCUACUCUUUCAUUGAUGCUUAUUGUUAGUUAUGCGUCGCAUGACCUGUACAAUUUUUAAAAUGUAUCCUAGAUUUACCAUAAGCUAAAAUUAUGGACCUGUAACCUAUUGUGUAUAUUCACCUGUAAUCAAAUUCCCUUGAAAUGAUGUUAUUUAAUGCCUUUGCAAAGAGAGAAAAGUUACGUUGUGAAAUUGUCUUGUGUCAGUUGCAAAUGCACGUUUUUGAGACUUGCCAUUAGCUUCCAAAAUGUACACACUUCAUCACUGAUUCGUGAAAACAAUGUUGCUCAAAAGCCGUACAAUGGUUUUCAGAAAAUUCCCAAAAAUACGAGUAUUUUGCCAUAAUCAUGAAAAUGAAUGUUUCUACUCAUAAAGAUCGAGUACAUGUUUUUGAGUUCAGCCAAUGGGUAUUGCUUCAAUUUGAAACAAAAAAAUCGGCGUUUUCUCUAAUAAACUAUGGAAUGAAGAGAUAUUUUCUGAGAGGUUUUGUUUUCUCUUUUUUUGUAAGGAACGAGAAAUCAAUAUACUGUAUCACUGUAUAGAAAUCAGUUUAAAUUUUCUUGCUUUUCAGCGGCAUGAACAUUGUAAAAUUGUAACAGUCUUUUUUUAAAAAUAUUCCUCUUUUGUAAAUAAGAUUAGAGAUCCUUCACCUUUAAUCUCUUGUAUAUUUUCUUGUUAUGUAUUCUUUUCUUUUUUAACGUUAUAUUUAUACUAACUGAAACUGUGCAAUAAUACCUUUAUAUCUAGGAUUUUAUUUUAAGAGAUACUGAAUUUUGAAACAUUUCUUGUAAUUCAUUUAUUUAUAAUUUAUUUUAAAUUUUUAUUCAUUUAUUUUUCGAGAAAUCAAGAACUAACAAUGAACGAAAAAGGGGGAAAUGCAAAAAAUCAAGAAACCUGGAGCACUUGCUGGCGGAUUCUUUGAUUCCAUUUCAGAGAGUUCAUGAAAGAUACCAAAAUUUGGAUUUACCAAAUGCGUUUUCAAAUGCUCGUUUCAUAUUUAUUAGAAUAUCGUAAUAACUCUGAAUUUAUUAUAAUUUAUAAAAGUCCCUUUAUCCUACAAUUUUGCCCCUUCUCUUCUUGUCCAUGUUAUUUUUCCGAUUGUGGACUAUGCUGUACCGCAAUGUUCCCAAGCAUAUAUCGUAUUUCCUUGACUGGAUAAAUUACAAUCUCGCAGGAUAGAGAUGAAAAAUAUGACAAUUCCUCUUCUAUAAGCGUGGACCCACUAAAACUCUCAUUUUCCUGCUCAAAAAAGAGAAAAAUAAGGAAACCAGAAUUCAGAAAAUUUUAAUAUUUCAGUUGCCUCUUACUCAGUGCUUAGUUUUAUUUUUAUGAAGGUUUAGUCAGUUAAUAUUUUAGUUUAGGUUACAAUUAAUUGCCUAGUUUUAAGGGAGAUCAACCAAGUAACUCAAACAUAUCAUUAGCUUAAGUCUGACGAAGAAGGUGCAUGAAAAUGUACCUUCCUCCGUCUUUUUAGUGUAUAAGAUACUUUAAGAAAAGGAUUGAUCGAUUGUCCUUAAUUUGCGCGUAUUAUUAAAUGGAUGUGAUAUUUUCUGGCGGUCACGUUUGAUUUCUCUAUAUUAAUUGGUGAUUCAUAUGAAUAGGAUGGACGAUGAAAGAAAAAUCAAAAGUGAUCGAAAGUUGUCAUUCGACAGAAAAAACCCGAUUUCAUUUUAUUUUCUCUUUCAUGAACUUUUUCUUUGUUUUCGAUUUUUCAAUUUAACUCAAUGCGAAAAAUCAUCCUAGUAAAGAGCGUAGCAAAUCAGUAUUUUUUGCCUACGCAACUUCCUAUUUAAAUCAGGUUUGACUGUAAUUGAGAUAAUUAUGCUGGGAAACGAUAAGUAUUGAAAUUCUUUUUCUUAUAUACAUUGUAAGUGCGUAAGAAUUCUUUAAAGUUUUGCCUUAAAUUCAAACAUAUCAAUAAGAAAAUAAUGUAAGUAAUCCAUUUUUCAAAAUAUUCAUAAAGGAUAUUUUCAUUUUUCUAUCAACGCAUCUACUGAAGCCUGAAUUGCAUUUAUAUGAAAGCGUGGGGAAUGUUUUCUCUGUUUAAUAUUCAAAGAUAUAAUAGCAACAUUAGACUUAUUACACACUGUUGAAAAAGGAGGAAAAAAAUUGUCUGAAUAUUUGACUGUCUGUUUUUAAAUGGUAUAACCUGAGAAAAUAUGAGCCUUAAUUAUCAGCUUGCAACAGAUCCCUUCCUAUUCAUGCUAUUAGAUGGCUGACAGUUUUUGAGAGUUUCUCUUGUUUUGAUUACUCAUUAUUGUCAUCAAUUAAGAAGAAUCUCUCGGUAUUCAUGGUAUUUUUAGUUAUAUUUCCCUCAUUAUUACUUGCUUUUCUUAGUAAUUUACCUACGAAACUUGCUGUCAAUAUUUGGAUAUGUACUCUAUAAGUGGUCGAUUCGCUCAGAGAAUAGUUGCACAAAAGAAGUAUUCUAAAAAAAAUUAGCUUAAAGUAAAUUUCCACACUGCAUGCAUUGGAAAUACAGUUAGUAAAACACAAAUAGAAAAACAAACCUCUGAUAAGAAUAUACUUUUUGAUUGACUAAUAAUUUACUGACUUAAGAUCUAGUGACUCAAUAAAUUUCCUUGAAAAUUGUAUAUAUUGUAAAUAAUGAUACGGGCUGUCUCUUAAGUUUAAGAAUGCACACUAAAGAACUUAGGAAUGAAUUAAUAAAGUCCAGGGAUAAAUGGCUCCCUUGAAUUUAUCUUCUUUGCUGAAGCAAAUCUGCAUUCGAGAAAAUGUCCUACCGCACAUACCGCAGCCAGCAUCUUUAAAGAAAAUUAUAAAAAGCAUGAUCUAAGAGCGGGGUGGUAUCUUGACAGCUCAUUGCAAACAGCAAAAAUUUAAAAUAGCCCAUCAGAUCACACUACACUCACAUAAUAUAUUUCCAACUUGAGCCGAAUAACAAUGUAGCGGAAAAUGUUUUUUAGGGGCGAAAUUUGUUUUUAAUUCUCAGAAAACAUAAUCAAUUUUUAUUUCACAAAAAAAGGCGUGAUAAUUUCCUCUAAAACCACUCUCAGUAUCGACAUCCGCGAGAUGAUCUCAAUUAUUGUCCUUGCAAAGUUUCAAAUCAUUUUGUAGCAUUUUAGUUGAGAUUUUCAAGGAUUUUUUUUUUUUUUUUUAAAUUUGUAGAAUCGUAUAUCGUAGACCCACAAUUCUAACAAAAUCUACUUCAUUGACUUUAUAGUAAAUUUAAAUGAUAUCGUAGUAUAAUGCUUCAACAGUAUCAAUGAACUUAUAGAUAUGUUAGCAUCAUUUUUUUUAUUUGUUUACUUAUUUUUUAAUUACUCCGGAUUUAAAGGAAUGAUUUCUCAAAUCUAGAAUUUGAGUGUUUCCCAAAAAAUUAAGUGAUGAGCAAUAAUUCGAUUUUUAUAAUGCCAUCCUAUUUUUGAAAUGGGAAAUCAAGCUCGUUCGAAAAAAGAAAUAAUUGGUUAUUACUUUUAAAAAAAAUUAGCGUUAUAUCAUAGAUUCCUCCGAGAAAGAAGAUCAAAAACGAAACAUUUGGAAAGCACCAAAAAUGUAUGAGAACAUCGAGACUGAUCAUGUUUUCAGGUUCAUGAGACUUCGGAACUUGUCGGAUCAUUUAUUUUGAACUCUUUAACUCGGGACAAAAUUUUAAUAUGAAAUGAUCGGAUGCAUGUAAGCAGCCCAGUCUAUCUUCAACUCAAAAUCUUAGUCCAGUAUUGGGCAAAAGUUUUGAUUCAUGAUUCUGUUUUUCAUAAAAUUUAUAGUUCAAAUAACAUUAUUAUCAGCACUCUUGUGAAGAGUCAGACUGUCUAAUUCAAGAAUGACUGUUUGUUGUUAUCUUUAUCAUUAGUUGACUUUUUUCAUUUGUAUAGUUAUUGAAAGUUCAAUGUCUACUUAACAAAUUUGAAUAAUAAAUGUUAACAUGUUUCAAUAAACGAA